CUCGAACACGUGCGGUCGCUCACUCUUCCGAAACCGACUUUUUGGCGCCGCGAGUGACUGUUCUUUUUUUUAAUACUACCAACAAAACCUUUUCAGCUAGCAACUUUUUCUGCGUUAGCCACAGAAAUAAGGUAUAACAAGGCCCGCUGACCGCAGUAACGAUGCAGGCGUAUUCAUCUCUCCACUGAACUCGGAACAGAUCAAUACAUCAAAAUGGCACUAUCAAACAACUCCAUAUCCAGAACCUACCACAGGCUGUUUGUUGAAUUGGCAGACCACCGCACCAACGACUGGUUCCUCAUCAAAAGCCCCAUACCUGGACUGACUAUCAUCGGGCUGUACCUGUACUUCGUGCUGAAAUGGGGUCCCCGCUACAUGGCCGACAAGAAACCCUUCCAGCUGCAGAAAACGCUGGUCGUCUACAACUUCCUCCAGGUCGUGGUCAGCUGUUGGCUCUUUUUUGAGGGUUUGGACGCUGGCUGGCUGAGGACCUACAGCUGGCGGUGUCAGCCGGUGGACUUCUCGGAUAGCCCAGAGGCUAUAAGGGUCGCUCGAGGAGUGUACGUGUACUUUUUGGCGAAAAUAUCUGAGCUGCUAGAUACAGUAUUCUUCGUCAUCAGGAAGAAGGAGAGACAGAUCACAUUCCUCCAUAUGUACCACCACACUGUGAUGCCCAUGAUAUCCUGGGGCGCGACGAAGUACUACCCUGGAGGCCAUGGGACCCUCAUAGGGGUUAUCAAUUCAUUCGUCCAUAUAAUCAUGUACACAUAUUAUAUGUUAGCGGCGAUGGGACCCCAGUACCAGAAGUUCUUGUUCUGGAAACGCCAUAUAACCACGCUGCAGAUGCUCCAAUUCUGCAUAGCGUUCCUGCAUUCGUCUCAACUCCUGUUCUACGACUGCGGUUAUCCGAGGUGGUCGGUUGUGUUCACAUUACCGAAUUCGAUAUUUUUCUACUAUCUAUUUUACGAUUUCUACUAUAAAGCUUACGGUAAGCCAGGCGACAAGAAGAUAAAGGAAAAAGAUGGCGUCGAAAACCAAGCAAACGGUAAAGAGAAAGAAUCAGAAUCUAAACAGUACGAUAAGAGCAAUUACAAAGCCACCAAUGGGAUCAAGAAUGGUAUAGUCAGUAACGACAAAAAAGUCGAUUAGAACGUAUAAUGGGGAAAAUUGUAAAUAUUAUUAAAAUUAUGAAUAGCGUCGUACUCUGUAUAA